CUCCCAUUCUUCCUCCUCCCCGUCAAAGUUGGACAACAAUUUCUCCUCCCGCAGCCUGUUCCCACCCCGUUGACCCCUCCUUCUCGUGGUUCUUGCCGCUUCCCAGGAGAAAAAAGUGUCGGUUUUUUUUUCUAUCGAUUUCCAAGAAACCAAUAGACGGAGGCAUCGCGGCGCCUCCUCUGUGGGGCUCUAUAACACGCCGCCUCGUCCGCGUCCCCCUCCUCUCUGUUCAUCGGUCACUUCGCGCGUGCCGUGGGUGGUCUUCGCCGGUGGCUUGGCUGGAGGCGAGGAGAGAGGUGCGUUUCUUGACCGGUGGUGAUCUCCCAAUCCUGCUUGGUUCGAUUUGAUGCAGCGUGCUGCAUGCUGAGCAAUCUAAACAAUGGCACUAGCGUCGCCGGUGGACUAUGCUGGUCCAGUUAGUUCAGGUCAGAACCACCUGGGUUGUUUUGGAGUGCCCAGCAGCAGCCGAUUGCGAUGUGUGGGAUAUGAUAAGAAAUCAAGAACAAGUCUGUUGGUUGUUGGAGCCGUGUCCAUGGAUCGCCCCCAACUAGAUCUCUCAAAUCCAGAUUGCAAGAAGCAAUUCCAAGAGGACUUUGAUAGGCGGUUCAAUUUGCCGCACUUGAGAGAUGUGAUCAAUGUGGAACCAAGGCCAACAACAUUUUCCCUUAAGAGCAGGACUCCUCUGGAUUAUGUCAACGGUGCUAUGCACGAAUCAUGGAAUGGCUAUGUGAAUGAUGAUGAUAGAGCACUUUUGAAGGUUAUUAAGUUUGCCUCACCAACAUCUGCUGGAGCUAACUGCAUUGACCCUGAUUGCAGCUGGGUUGAACAAUGGGUGCACCGUGCUGGCCCACGUAAGAAAAUAUAUUUUGAGCCUCAAUAUGUAAAGGCUGGGAUUGUAACGUGUGGUGGGCUCUGUCCAGGUAUCAAUGAUGUUAUUAGGCAGAUUGUGCUUACACUUGAAAAAUAUGGGGUGAAAAACAUUGUUGGGAUACAGCAUGGUUUCCGUGGAUUUUUUGAGGAUCAUUUAUCUGAAGUGCCGCUUUCUAGGCAUGUUGUCCAAAAUAUCAAUCUUGCCGGUGGCAGCUUCUUAGGAGUUUCUCGUGGUAGUGCAAACAUUUCAGACAUUGUUGACAGUAUUCAGGCCAGGAGGCUUGACAUGCUCUUUGUACUGGGUGGGAAUGGUACUCAUGCUGGAGCAAACGCUAUACAUGAGGAGUGCCGCAAGAGGAAACUGCAAGUGUCAAUUGUGUGUGUCCCAAAAACUAUUGACAAUGACAUACUACUGAUGGACAAGACCUUUGGGUUUGAUACUGCUGUGGAAGCAGCACAACGAGCUAUCAACUCUGCAUAUAUUGAGGCACAUUCUGCAUUUCAUGGCAUCGGAUUGGUCAAGCUGAUGGGAAGAAGCAGUGGCUUCAUCACAAUGCAUGCUUCCCUGUCAAGUGGCCAAGUAGAUAUCUGCUUGAUACCUGAGGUACCGUUCUCUCUUGAUGGACGGAACGGAGUUCUUCAACACCUUGAAUACUUGAUAGAGACAAAGGGAUUUGCUCUGGUUUGUGUUGCCGAAGGAGCAGGGCAGGAACAUCUGCAAAAGUCAAAUGCAACUGAUGCAUCAGGGAACAUGAUCCUUAGUGACAUCGGUGUGCACCUUCAGCGGAAGAUCAAGUCUCAUUUCAAGGAACUAGGAGUUCAUUCUGAUGUCAAGUACAUUGAUCCUACAUAUAUGGUCCGUGCCGUGCGUGCCAAUGCAUCUGACGCCAUCCUCUGCACAGUGCUCGGUCAGAAUGCGGUUCAUGGAGCCUUUGCAGGGUUCAGCGGCAUCACAACUGGGGUAUGCAACACGCACAACGUGUACUUGCCAAUACCGGAAGUCAUCAAGUCCACGAGGUUUGUCGAUCCAAACAGCUGGAUGUGGCAUCGGUGCCUGACCUCAACUGGGCAACCGGACUUCCAUUGAUCAAUUAUUAACAAAGAAGCUUGUAGCAUCUGGUGGUAACAAGAAUAGGUGAUUUAUAGCGAAGGGAGUAUUUCCAUUGUCAGUAUGGUGAAAUAAUUGUCAGAUGGUUUUUUUAUCUUCCAUUUGGGAAAAACAUCGUCUACUACCAGGUCCUUGAGGUGCAAUAUGGAUAAAAUAAGCAUCUCGCCAACCAAGCCUAUUCCUUUUUUGUAGGUUAGUGUAUAGAAUGUUCUUAGAACCAUACAAAUUUUAGUGAAGGUUUCUUACUGCAGGCAUCGAAUCUGCAAGGGAAUGAUGGUUAGUUCCCAUUUUUACAUGUACGAUUGCAGAACCAUUUGUAUGCUACUAAACAUACGUACUGCUGAAAUAACGGGGGAGGGCACUGCCUUCUUGUGGAC